UGCCCUAAUUGACUCUGUGGUACUGCGUCCACUGAAGAAGCAAUCUGCAGAGAAGGGAUUCUUGAAGUUGAACCUGGUUCUGACCUGUGAGUCCAGAAUCCACUUUUCUUUUACUCUGAUGACGGCACUGCUGUUGAGUCCUAAAAGUUUUAACACAAGAAGGUUUGAGCUACUGUAAACUAUCAAUCUAAAAAGUGUUGGAUUUUAGCAACAACCAUUUACCUUUGGGUCUUUUCAUAUUCAGAAAGAAGAGCCCUUUUCUUGACUCCAGAUCCACCUGUGCCCCUCUUUAUUGUUUCAUUUCUCACUGCGGGGAAUGAGCGACUCUAAUCCGCAGCCGCAGAAGAGGUUUAAAACACUCUGGUUUCAUCUAAUCUUCAGGCUCAGGCCAGGCCAAGCUUGCAACUCACUUUCUCUAUGAUAGGAAUGAGCAAAUAAAGGGCUACCCCCCAACACUGCUAUGAAAGAGGCUUGUGUGCUCUGUGGAUUAGGACUCGCCGUCUCUUUUUCUCAAUUAGACAGAAAAGGAUAGAAGGAAGGACUCACCUGGAUAUUAGGCAGUUCUGGUGGUCCUCGGGAAAUGUUAAGCCCACGAACAAAGAAAAGGCAGUCGCGUCUGAAAGACUGUUAAAAAAGCAGCCAUUGUAAAACCUGCGAUCUGAAUUUUCCGGAACAAUAAACGUGUCUGAACAGCCACGUUGAACCACAAAUGGUGGAUUUAAGAAAGUUUUCCCACUUUCAGCUGUUUCUUUUUUCCUUGCUGUCGGCAGUUUUGAGUCUGCGAUGCCUCACUCUUGUGCUCAGCAGCCUCAUCCUCAUGACUUUCACCACCUACUCCAGAUUCAAUGUCUUUGACCUCAGAGUCUUCCAGGGCAACCUGAUAUUAAACCAGUGUACGAACUACACAUGUUCAUGUAGUCACUUUGGCUCAUGACCCCUGCUUGAAAAACUCAUGUAUUUACUGAAUAAUUAACAGAAGCCAGUGAUCGUGUCCAUAUCUUGACAUCACUGAACUGGAGAUUUAUUUUUCUAUGUGCGCAUGAUAUUCAAAACACUGCUGGUUCUAUAAACUUGACAACGAUCUUUGGCUUCAUGAAAAAAACAAUAUUUUAUUAAGCGCUAAUCUGAUUGCUUUAAUAAUCAAAACAUAAUAAAAAAAAAUGCGUAGAAGAAAAAAAGGAUGUAAACACGCAACAUGCUUACACUUUUUUCCCCAGACAUGCUGCACGAGUACGACACUCACUUUUGCUCAGGCACGCCACGGGCGCCUCUUCCGCUGUAAACAAAGGUCCUUCGAGUGUGGCGCAUGUUUUGGAUCCGCCUGCUGCUUCACCGUCAGAAGGUCCAGCGCUCAAACGCUGUUUCAUGAGAGCUUCUGCCCUGUCGAGUGUUCAAGUGGUUACGGAGUUUCUUCUCUGGCAUCAAUGGGAAUCCUUUAACUAACAGUGAUGUCUCGACCAGCUCCGUCCCCAGUAUACACCCUGAGAGGCGCAGGUGGAACCCUCAACACUCUUCACUUCCGGUGCCAUGGAGAUGAACCACACCUUCUUUUUUCGGGAUCAGCGAAGGGCGACAUCCACGUGUGGAACCUUAAAAGCAGAAGAGCAGAGACCGUCAUUGAGGGUCAUGCUGGCUCCUCUGUCAUUUGGGUCAACACGUUUAAGGAGGGCGGUUCCCUUAUCAGCCAGGGACGGGACAUGCAGGUGCGUCUUUGGGAUCUAAGCGAAGGCCGCGGCGUGCAGGUGGAUUCUUUGUGGACGGGAAGUGUUGGAUUUUGUCAGUGCUGCCUGCUCCAAACAAGUCCUGGGAAAUCCUUGCUGGCUUUUGCCGGGCAACAGACUGAAGAGAUCCAGAUCAUCGAGUUGCCCAGUAAAGUCCAGGUCUGUUCUCUGGUCCCGGAGGCUAAGCUGGGGAUGGUCAUGUGCGUUAAACUGUGGCAGCCAGACUCGGGUGCUGGACCUCUCCUGCUGGCCGGCUAUGAGGAUGGGUCUGUGUUGCUGUGGGACAUAACCCAGAAGUCCAAGCUCAGUCAAAUCAAAGCCCACCCUGAGCCAGUUAUGUGCCUGACCUUUGACCCGGCACGUCGGAGGGGCAUAUCAGGAUCUUCGGAGAAGAGCCUCUCGCCUUGGAUUCUGGACGGACAGAAUCACCUGCAGACGCAGGAUCCGGUGCCGCUUGUGAACCCUGGAGUCUCCCAGCUGGCCAUCAGAGAUGAUGGGAAGCUGCUGGCAUCGGCAGGGUGGGAUCACCGCGUGCGAGUCUUUGGCUGGAAGAAGCUGCGACCACUGGCGGUUCUGCAAUACCACAGGGACAUGGUUCAGAGCGUCGCCUUCUCCGACCACAGUGACCCGAGGAAAAGGCUGUUGGCGGCCGGAUCCAAAGACCAGCGGAUCAGUCUGUGGUCCAUCUACAGCGAGGGAACUGACUCUGGAUGACCAAAGAGCUUUGGCAGAUUAGUGGACCGUGUCUCCUGUGAAGUCCCUGGACUCUCUGGAGACGGAACCUCUUGGAAUCCAGUGUUUUAAUGGCAUGUAUUUUAACCGUCCGAGGCUUUAUGGCAGACCGGCUGAGAUUGUAGUUGAUGGCCUGUGUUGAGUGGCAAUGAAGCAUGUAACACUGACAUUUUAGAGUCAAAGACUGGCCUGAGUCAGACUAUUCUGGGUGUUGCUUGAAUCCCGAGCUCAGCAGAAGUGUCUUGAAGAAUGACACUUGGUGAAAAAAAAAAAAUCAAGUGGUUACUAUGGUAACAGCAGUGAUGAUGCUGUUGUGAAAUUGAAGUUGCAGUGCUGGUAAAACGCACCAGAAAUGACGAAGCCUCCCCAACCUAGCCAUAGCGCUCGGAUAGUCAUCCAUUUUUCCUUCUAUUUUUAGUCACCAAAUCGUUCGUGUUCACCAGACUUUCAUAAUAAAUCAAUCUUUCUCAGGGGACAGUAUCAGCCCCUUCAUGUUAUUGCCCAUGGUCCUCAUAAAUAUAGUUGAAUUUCCGCUCCGUCAUGUGGUGUUGUUGCUCUGUCUCAACGGAGAAAGAGUUGCUAACCACCAGUGAUCUUGCUGUCAGUUUCCCUACAGUACCAGAGGAGAUUCCACCUGUUCCUGUCAAACUUGCAAACCACAACUCAUUCAUUGAAGUGGUGUGGGGCCUGAGCUUGUGAUGGGCAGAUGAGGUUUCAUGAAACAGUGUCUGGAUUUUCAGAGGCCACCAGAUGGUGCUCUCUGCUGUAAAAUGUUUGGAUUUGAACAACCAAGUCAAUGAAACCGCACAUCAUUUCUCAACCAAGUGCGCCAUCUAGCGGCCUCUCACUGUUUGAUCAACCCUGCAAUACUGUUUCAUGAUGCCUCAUCUACCCAUCACCAUGGCUGGAGCCUGACCCAGCUGCUUCGGAGAGUGGCAGAUGCCCAUAUAGAUGGAACGCUGCAUCUCAAACACACUAUUAAGUCAGGACUAACCACGUCGCCACUGAGCUAUUUUCUGUCAUGUGAAGCUUUAUGUCUUUUAUCAGUUUGUACCGUAUCUGUUCUGUAGCCUUUAGCGCGUCCAUGCUAAUCUAAAUGUUAAAAAAUGAAGUUAGAUCUUGACUUGGUCGGCAGUUCCCAGGUUUGGCAUGAGUCACUGGUGCAAGACGUGAUGGCAACACCUAAGCCUCUGUGCCCAGAGAGCGUUCAGGCAUCUCAUGAAGAUGUCAGCUGAUCUGUUAUCCAAUACGUACCCAGCAUGGUCACCGCUAAAAUAAAGUCCCUCCCGAUCACAUAUGACUGGACCACCUUUAGCUUUGGAUACGAUCAGGAUCUUGUAUUGAUGCUUCAACAAGCACAAACGUCGACGUUUGGAGGAACCCAUGUGCUUGUUGAAGCAAGGUGGCAACUUUUUAAUUUUGGUUUUAUUUGUUUAUUUCUUUUAUUUUUUGGCCAUUCUUUGAUUUGGAUGGAGAAAUGCCGUUAUAAUUUCUACAUCGUGAGGCUGACGAAAGAUCAUUGAUGGCACCUGCUGUGACGCGGCAACAGAAGAAUCUUGUUGUUUAAUAACAGUGAUGCGUCCCUUGGACAUUCUUUACAACUACUUCAAGAAGAUUUCAUACGCUGUAGCUCCUCCAAGAUUCUGAUGUCGAUCCGAUGUCCUUUGUCCCACAGUGGGGGAAUUCAAACGACAACAAAGACGAUCAAGACAUUAGACAUACACAACAAACAUCAAAGAUAUUGGCAAAUAAUCAGCGUAUGUAAAAAGCAAAACUCUGGAAAAAAACACGUGACAAUAAAUAAAAGCCCAUUAAAUCUAAACACAACGACAAGAAAGACACUCAAGAUAUUAGAGAUACAAAACCAUCAUCAAAGACGUUCACAAAGCAUCAGCGUAUGUAAAACUCUUAAAAGAAACAUGACAAUAAAUAAAUGAAAACCCAUAAUAUCUAAACAAAUAUGACAAAAACAAAUAAAUAGUAAGUGUGAGAAAAAUGUACAAUGAUUCCCAUCAACGUUUUCGACCUUUAUCCAGAGCUAAAUAAGCAGGAGCCAGAUUUCCAGUUGUGACACUGUGGCUUUUACUCACUGAAGCAUUGAGCGCAGCGUCUGCUGGAGUCGGUGACGGUGUUGACUUAUCUGACGGGUGAUUUGCUCCAGAGGACUUGAAUCUGAGGAGCAGGACUCACCUGAGCUGCGCCCUAAUCCUGCCUUGUUAUUCUUGGAUUAGCAGAGAGGAGUCCAGAUUGUUUGGAGUGGUGACUUGCACAGCAGAGAGACGGUCAGCAGCUUCUGACUGCACAUAGUUCAAUUACUAAAACCUGUUGUUUUUUUACUCCCUGGUGAACAUGUUUUGUUUGAAAACUUGUGUCGACUUGGGAAGGACUUCUUGCUCUUCUCCUGCCUCCAGUACGAGCCUUGUUUUUGAGGUUUAAGAACUGGUCCACUCCUCAGUUCGUGUUCAGUCGAUCCACUUACGCAUUGUUUACAGUUGAAAGAGAAUUGUCGCUUCUUUUUUGGGCCAAAGAGACACAGUUUCACACAGUGGCUGCAGCUGCUGGGAGAACUAGGUCUGGAAUUUUAAUAGCUCAACAUUAAAGGAGUGUAUCAUUUGAUAAAGGGCGGCAGUGGGAGAGAUAUUUCGCUCCAAUGACUUGUCAGCAUCACGGGAGUUUGUGUUGCAGCGGUAAAAUAUGAGCUUCAAACAGGCUCCUUUUGUAAUUGUUGAAGAGCUGGUCUCCUGCGACGACCUUGAGCUCACGACACUGAACCGGAAAAGACUUGCGUCUCCCCCCCGCCCCGACUCCCGGGGAAGAUUAGAGGAGAGAAGAAAGACGAGGUCAUCUUGUCUGCAGCUACUGUUGCAGCGACCAACCCGCUGAAGAUGCGCCUGAGGGUUGGAGUCCCGUCUCCUGGUCCGGCCGUGACCUCGCUGGUGACCACAAUAGCUUCCCAACUCCUGUUGGCUUUGAACAAACACUGGAGCUGGCGGUGGCUUUGGCUUCCGCCUCUCCUCGGGUAAAUCAAACACCGGUCCUCGGCUGCAGAUUGUUCGGCCUCUCGUAAAUCACCUCAUAAUGGAACGUUGAGGAAGUCAAUGAACACACCGGGAGACCCCCCCCCACACGCCUCACAAUACACGCUGUCACCUAACGUGUGUCUUCUUUGGUUUGAGAGGUCAAAGUUCAGCCCGAUUUGAAGUCCCGACACCAGCCAAAGAAGGCGGCGCGGCCCCUCACGGAUUAGCUGGAGUUACACGCCGGCUGAGUCAGGGACGGCUGAAGCAGCCAAAGAAAAUACCGCGUUACAAAGUGUGUUUGUGCGCAUGAACUGGGAAGAAACGUUAUCCUCUUAUGCUCUAUUUACAACGUUUCACACAAGUGCCUUGUUGGAGACAAAUAAAUGAUCCACUCAUAAAACAAAUACGCAGUAAUCGUAUAUUUAUAUAUCGUAAAUGUUCUGGGUAAUAUGUGAAGAGGUCUCAAACUCAGUGUGUUACCACGGACGUAAAUAUGUCGAGGAAAAUAUUAAGGAUUUACGACUGCACAGAAGACAGAAUUUUAAAAGAAAUAAGUGUGUAUAUAUAUAUAUAUAUAUAUAUACAUAUAUAUAUAUAUAUAUAUUAAUAAUAAAGUAGGAGACAUGCCAGUGAUAAUGCAAUGCUACAAAAUAUAUUAAGCACAAGUUAAUGAAAUGAAAAUAAAUAUAUUUUCCUGUUGAAUUGGUGAGAAAUAAAUAUGACCUGCGAGUUAAGAUUGGCAAAAUUUCCAAAUAUUGCAAAUAUACUGUAUAUAAAUAAUAAAAAGGAGUGUUACUUAUGUUACAGUUACAACUACAUUUUGUAACAACUGAACAUAAUGAGCAUUGAAAGCAGGUUAUUGUGCUGUUUUGCUUAUUAAACAAUGAUUUAUCAACAAUUUCAAAUGAGUUUAUGGCGAGUAAAUGUCACUUCUUUUAUCACAGCAAAUGAAACGCUGAGGAUAAUGUUUGAUGAAUCACAACGUGGCCAUGAAGAAUGAAACGUUCUGAAGCAAAAUUCUGGAUAAAUGUGAGACAUUUCUCAGACAUUUGAACUUGAUGGAUCCAAACGUGUCAGCGCUCUCUCCCUCUCUCUCUCUCCAUGGUUUCGCCGUUUGAUGUUCAGCCUGGAGUUUCCAUCAACAAGCUCUUCCGCACCACCACCACCACCAACCAGCCACCGCUGGCUCUGUACGGCCCGAGCAGCCUGCCGACUCAAAUCCGAAACACGUGUUGCGAUGUUUAGACGGAGGCCUCUGGUUUACAUACCUGGCUUGUUUUUAAUAACCGUCCCCUGAUACCGCUGUGAAGGCGGCGUGCGCGCGGUUCCGAAGCGAGCUGUCACGGCAGAUGUUCCAGAUGCAGCCGAGUGUCAAAUGAUGCUUCUGGUUGCUUUGUCAUCCAUCAUCUGGUUCCUCAUACUUCAGUGGCAAGUCCUUGGCACCGCUGCCCUGGAAGCUCUGGGAGGGUUCGUAAAGUCGGCCGACGUCGGUUCGUACCCCAGUGUUCGGGUUUGGUGGCGGUUUAUUUCAUGCUCCGCUGGAAGCCGCCGGCUUUGUUUGACUUGUCAGUAUCGACGGCAUCUUGGUCCAGUGUGACCUGCACCAAAGUCAAGUGGCUUCAGCACGUGAGGUCGACCUGAACACACCUGAACAGUCGCGACGCUCCAAACCUUCCUGUCUGUGGCGUCACUUUUUCAAAAACCACAACUUCAAGAUUCACACCUUUUCACAUGUCAGCUCUUGCAUCAAUGAUCGGAACUCAGCCUUUGAUCUCGGCUGAUUAAUAGUUCGGUCACGCCGCUCAACUAAGUGCAUAUUUGAUGUUCGCGUGUAAUGACGAAUGGAAUCAAAUGGCAUUUCGCUCAAAGUACUUUAAUACACUCAUGUCAUUGCGGGUAUCCCUGCUCGUUGUUGUUGUGUUUUCAUUUUGUUAAGUGUGUUAUUGUUAUUUUUCUGGUGACUUUAUUUCUCCAGUGUUGACGUCGCUGUGCUGCUGCAGCCAAAUUGACCCCACUCUGUGCUGAAUCUCCUCUCAUCUCUUCGUCCUGCUUCUCCUGACAGCUGUGACUUGAAGACGUGACAUUAGAAUUUUGAGCACUUGAAUUACUCCCAGAGAUGCGCAGGUGGGAUCAGAGCCGACCCUUCUCACCCUGGAC